AUGUUGGCUUCUCGUCAGCUCCUGGGCGUCGCCCGGAGCCGCGCUGUCGGCAGCGCGAGCCUAGGCCUCCGCCGUAUGGCAACCGUGACUGACUCUCCCCUGGACAAGAAGGUCCGACAAAACAACUGGGAGGAGGGCAACUUCAUCAACUACAAGAAGAUGUCAGAGAACCUUUCGAUCGUCAGGUCAAGGUUGAACAACCGCCCCCUCACCUUCGCCGAGAAGAUCCUCUACUCUCACUUGGACGACCCGCACAACCAAGACAUUGAGCGCGGCGUCUCCUACCUCAAGCUGCGGCCGGAUCGCGUCGCUUGCCAGGAUGCCACCGCUCAGAUGGCCAUUCUGCAGUUUAUCAGUGCUGGCCUGCCUCAGGUCGCCAACCCCACCACUGUGCACUGUGAUCACUUGAUCGAGGCCCAGAUCGGCGGUGCCAAGGAUCUCGAGCGUGCGGUGGGCAUCAACAAGGAGGUUUAUGACUUCCUCGCGAGCGCCUGCGCCAAGUACAACAUCGGUUUCUGGAAGCCCGGCUCUGGUAUCAUUCACCAGAUCCUGCUCGAGAACUACGCUUUCCCCGGCGGUCUUCUCAUCGGCACUGAUUCCCACACUGUGAACGGUGGUGGUCUCGGUAUGGCUGCUAUUGGCGUGGGCGGUGCCGACGCCGUGGAUGUCAUGGCCAACCUUCCUUGGGAGCUCAAGGCCCCCAAGGUUAUUGGUGUUAAGCUUACCGGGCAGAUGUCCGGCUGGACUGCCCCUAAGGAUAUUAUUCUCAAGGUUGCCGGUAUCCUCACUGUCAAGGGUGGUACCGGUGCCAUCGUCGAGUACCACGGCCCUGGUGUUGAUAGCAUCUCUGCGACCGGCAUGGCUACCGUUGCGAACAUGGGCGCUGAGAUCGGCGCGACGACCUCCGUUUUCCCCUUCAACGACCGAAUGUACGACUACCUGGUUGCCACCAAGCGCAAGGAAAUCGGUGACUUCGCCCGCUCCUACGCCAAGGAGUUGCGCGAGGAUGAGGGCGCCGAGUACGACCAGCUCAUCGAAAUCAACCUGUCCGAGCUCGAGCCCCACAUCAACGGCCCCUUCACCCCCGAUCUUGCGACCCCGAUUUCCAAGUUCACCGAGGCCGUCAAGACUAAUGGAUGGCCCGAGGAGUUGAAGGUCGGUUUGAUCGGCUCGUGCACCAACUCUUCAUACGAGGACAUGUCACGCGCUGCCGCGAUCGCUCGUGAUGCUCUCAACCAUGGUCUCAAGACCAAGUCUGAGUUCUUCGUGACCCCGGGUUCCGAGCAGAUCCGCGCAACCAUUGCGCGUGAUGGCCAGCUCCACACAUUCGAGGAAUUCGGUGGUGUCGUCCUGGCCAACGCCUGCGGCCCUUGCAUUGGGCAGUGGGACCGCCGCGACGUCAAGAAGGGCGAGGCCAACUCUAUCAUCUCGUCGUACAACCGCAACUUCACCGGCCGCAACGAUGGCAACCCUGCUACGCACUCUUUCGUCACAUCUCCUGACUUGGUCGUGGCUAUGUCGAUUGCCGGCACUCUCAGCUUCAACCCCUUGACCGAUAAGCUCAAGGACAAGGAUGGCAAGGAGUUCAUGCUCGCCGCUCCUACCGGUGAAUCUUUGCCUGCCAACGGCUACGAUCCCGGCCAGGAUACCUACCAGGCCCCGCCCAAGGACCGCAAUGCCGUCAGCGUCCAGGUCUCGCCCAGCUCCGACCGCCUGCAGAUCCUCUCCCCGUUCAGCGCUUGGGACGGCAAGGACGCGACAGACUGCCAGAUUCUGAUCAAGGCCCAGGGCAAGACCACGACCGACCACAUCUCGAUGGCUGGCCCCUGGUUGAAGUACCGCGGUCACCUUGACAACAUCAGCAACAACUUGCUGAUCGGCGCUAUCAAUGCCGCCAACGGCGAGGCCAACAAGGUCAAGAACCAGACCACCGGCGCCUUUGACGCCGUCCCGGCUGUUGCCCGUGACUACAAGGCCAAGGGUAUCAAGUGGGUUGUCGUGGGAGACUGGAACUACGGCGAGGGCUCUUCUCGUGAGCACGCUGCCCUGGAGCCCCGCCACCUUGGCGGUCUCGCCAUCAUCACCCGGUCGUUCGCCCGUAUCCACGAGACCAACCUGAAGAAGCAGGGUAUGCUUCCCCUGACCUUCUCGGACCCCGCCGACUACGACAAAAUCCAGCCCGACGACAAGGUCGACAUCCUUUGCACCGAGCUCGCCGUCGGCAAGCCCAUCACCAUGCGCGUGCACCCCAGCAACGGCUCGGCAUUCGACAUCAAGCUGUCGCACACCUUCAACGAGGGCCAACUCGAGUGGUUCAAGAACGGCAGCGCGCUUAACACUAUGGCCAAGAACGCCAAGAACUAA